GUAGCUCGCAGGAGCGCGCGCGGCCGCCAUGGCUCAGAUCUUGCUCCAUGGCAACCUCCACGUCACCAUCUUCGAGGCCCAGGCGCUCUCCACCGGCCGUGCCAGCGCAGCCGCACCGAAGUUCCUCCGCAAGAUCGUGGAGGGGCUCGAAGACACCGUCGGUGUCGGCAAAGGCGCCUCCAAGCUAUACGCCACCAUUGACCUGGAGAAGGCUCGCGUUGGACGUACCAGGAUGUUGGCGAACGAGCCAGUGAGCCCUCGCUGGUACGAGUCAUUCCACAUCUACUGUGCGCACCUUGCUGCCGAUGUCAUCUUCACCGUCAAGGCCGACAACGCUAUCGGGGCGGCGCUCAUUGGGAGGGCGUACCUACCUGUCAGCGAGCUUCUCGCUGGUGAGGAGAUCGAUAGGUGGCUUGAGGUCUGCGACACCGAUCGGCAGCCUAUCGGUGAGAGCAAGAUCCACGUGAAGCUUCAGUUCUUUGAGGCCAACAAGGACCGCAAUUGGGCCAGAGGUGUCCGGAGUGCCAAGUACCCCGGUGUUCCUUACACCUUCUUCUCGCAGAGGCAAGGGUGUAAUGUUAGGCUGUACCAGGAUGCUCAUGUCCCGGACAACUUCAUUCCCAAGAUUCCGCUUGCGGAUGGUAAGAACUAUGAGCCUCACAGAUGCUGGGAGGACAUCUUUGAUGCCAUUACCAAUGCUCAGCAUCUGAUCUACAUCACCGGCUGGUCUGUGAACACUACAAUCACCUUGAUUAGGGACACCAAUCGCCCGAAACCUGGAGGAGAUGUCACCCUCGGGGAGUUGCUCAAGAGGAAGGCUAGCGAGGGUGUGCGGGUCCUUAUGCUAGUGUGGGAUGAUAGGACCUCAGUUGGCUUGCUCAAGAGAGAUGGCUUGAUGGCCACCCAUGAUGAGGACACUGCAAAUUUCUUCAGGGACACCGAGGUGAACUGCGUUCUGUGCCCUCGUAACCCUGAUGAUUCAGGCAGCAUUGUUCAGGAUCUGCAGAUCUCAACUAUGUUCACUCACCAUCAGAAGAUAGUGGUCGUUGACAGUGAAAUGCCGAACCAGGGCUCUGAGCAAAGGAGGAUAGUCAGCUUCGUUGGUGGCAUCGACCUCUGCGACGGAAGAUAUGACACUCAGUACCAUUCCUUGUUUAGGACACUUGACACUGUCCACCAUGAUGACUUCCACCAGCCAAACUUUGCGACUGCAUCCAUCACCAAGGGUGGCCCGAGAGAGCCAUGGCAUGAUAUCCAUUCACGGCUGGAAGGGCCAAUUGCUUGGGAUGUUCUAUACAAUUUCGAACAGAGAUGGAGAAAGCAGGGUGGCAAGGAUAUUCUCGUGCAGAUCAGGGAUCUUGCUGACAUAAUUAUCCCCCCUUCUCCUGUCAUGUUCCCAGAGGACAGAGAUGGAUGGAAUGUUCAGCUCUUCAGAUCUAUUGAUGGUGGUGCUGCAUUUGGCUUCCCUGAUGCUCCUGAGGAUGCUGCAAGAGCUGGGCUUGUAAGUGGAAAGGAUCAGAUCAUUGACAGGAGCAUCCAGGAUGCAUACAUAAAUGCCAUCCGGCGGGCAAAGAACUUCAUCUACAUUGAGAACCAAUACUUCCUUGGAAGUUCCUAUGGCUGGAAAGCUGAUGAUAUCAAGCCUGAAGACAUUGGUGCUCUGCAUGUGAUCCCUAAGGAGCUUUCGUUGAAGAUUGUCAGUAAAAUUGAAGCUGGGGAACCGUUUACUGUUUAUGUGGUGGUGCCAAUGUGGCCUGAGGGUAUGCCAGAGAGCGCUUCUGUACAGGCAAUUCUGGACUGGCAGAGGAGAACAAUGGAGAUGAUGUACACCGACAUCACACAGGCCCUCCAAGCUAAGGGAAUUGAAGCAAACCCCAAGGAUUACCUCACGUUCUUCUGCUUGGGUAACCGUGAGGUGAAGCAGGAAGGGGAAUAUGAACCUCAGGAGCAACCGGAACCUGACACCGAUUACAUCCGUGCUCAUGAGGCUAGGAGGUUCAUGAUCUACGUUCAUACCAAAAUGAUGAUAGUUGAUGAUGAGUACAUCAUCAUCGGGUCUGCUAACAUCAACCAGAGGUCGAUGGAUGGUGCCCGUGACUCCGAGAUCGCCAUGGGCGCUUUCCAGCCAUACCACCUGGCAACCAGGCAGCCUGCCCGGGGCCAGAUCCAUGGCUUCCGGAUGGCGCUGUGGUACGAGCACCUAGGCAUGCUGGACGACUUGUUCCAGCACCCGGAGAGCCCCGAGUGCAUCCAGAAGGUGAACAAGAUCGCGGAGAAGUACUGGGACAUAUACUCCAGCGACGACCUGGAGCAGGACCUCCCUGGUCACCUGCUGAGCUACCCCAUCGGCGUCACUAGUGAGGGCACGGUGACGGAGCUGCCGGGCAUGGAGUUCUUCCCCGACACCCGCGCCCGCAUCCUCGGCGCCAAGUCGGACUACCUUCCCCCCAUCCUCACCACAUAGGCUGCCACAUCCCACAGUGCUUCUCCUCUGGAUUGUCAUGUUCAGUUUGUUGAUUUUGGUUAUUCAGAACAUGUUUCAGAAGAUAGCAGGUUGUUAUAGUAAUGGGAAAGUAAUAAGCGCUUGCGCUGUGCAGGGUUUGAGAACACACGGUAGAACUUGUAGGAUUUGCUGUGUUGCCACGAACCUAUGUAAGAUGAAGACUUGGAUAUUUGACA